AUGAAGAGUAGGUCGGGCCAGGUUAAUGUCGAGACGUCUAGGUCAAGGAGUGGUCACUGGUCUCGAUCGGCUCGUUUAUCUCAACAGUCUGCGACCUACUUGAAACUACCGCUUUUUUUAUUAGACCAUGUUUCGUUAGACGAGGAGGACGAGGGUUUAUAUGAAGUAAAUGUUAAUGUCGAGCUACCAUUGUAUGACGUUUACAUGCGGCCAAGGGUAAAAGAUAAGUAUCUUGAAGAAAUGGGAUUGGUAGAACGAGAAGCCGAGAUGCAAGAAUUGAAUGCUCCUAGACCUGGAAGAUCAAGAGAUCUUUUCGGAGUACAAUUGGAGGUUACUUCGUUACUUUUGGAGGGUGAGCGUCGCAAAUUGGCAGUCUUGCAAAGGGAAUUGCAAGCAGCCCUUGAGGAAGGUGGAAGCGUAAAGGUGAAGGAAAAGCAGCGACAAGAAUUGCUGCAUGCUAUAUCCGAGCUUCUGCUGGCGUUGGAGUUGCUGAUAGUGGUGGUAGUAGAUGAAAAGGGAGGUUGGGAGCGGGCCAGUGUGGAGGUGGAUGACGUCGGCGGCGGCGGCGGCGGUGGUGGUGGCGGUGGUGGUGGUGGCAGUGGGGGAAGGCAGUUUCUGGGCGGUGGAGGGUGCGGAUCGUCGUCCGCAAAGCCGUGCGUUCACCCCGUGCCGCCACGACAACAGGGCGUCGUUCGUUCUGGUGCGAGCGCCGGGAGUCCGCCGGGGUUUCGUCGAACUUUCCUCGAACCAGCGGGUUGA